UAUAAUGUACUUUAUUCUCCUGUUUUAUUGUACAGUAGCCAGUGAAAUUUUCGAUCUUACGGAAAAGUAACGAUUUGAUUGGUAAUUGCGUCGUUUCUUGCUAUGUGACAAGAGUUGUCAUGUUCUAUAGGAGCUGCUAUUUUUAUUUUUCAGUAGAUAGUAAAAGUUUAUUGGGAGGAGAGAAUUUCUUUAAUUAUCAGUAAAGUUCGUCAAAAAAGAAGAAAAAUACAUUAUAAAUUCAUUAUUCUACGAGCACAGGUAAACAAUUCAACAAUUUAACAGAAUGUACCGUAUGUUAAAUGCAUUAAACAGGAAUCUUCAUAUAAAAUAUUUUGCUUUUCAUGUAAUGGACAUAUUAGAACCAGAAUUAAUUUGGGUUAGUGGAAGAUGCUAUAGAUUUUAUGAAAGUAGUGCGUGGAAAAGCAUUCAUACAUCAGCCCCAUAUAUGGAAGAUAAAGAAUUAGUUUGUUCAGAGGAAGAACUUGAAAGUGAUAUAGAAAUAAUAGCUCAUGAUACAUGUUUUAAACAUAGCUUUUAUGUGCCUAAAGUCUUCUAUUCAUAUAUAAUUGGUGCAAAAGGUACAACACUUAAAAAAUUAGAAGUUGAGACAAAAACUACUAUAAAUGUACCAAAGAAGGAAAAAGAUGGAAACAUUGUUAUUACUGCACGAGAUCGUAAAGCUGUAGCAUCAGCAAGACAUAGAAUUGAUUUAUUAGUGGAAACUUCAAGGAAGAAAAUACGUUAUACACAUUUUUUAUCAAUACCAUUAAAUACAAAAAAAAUAAUUGAUAAAUAUAAUUCCUUUAAAAAUGAUAUAUUGGAGAAAUAUGACAAAGCUACAUAUAAUAUUGAUGAAUCACUAUUCCAAACAUCAUCCAAGUUGCACCUUACCAUUGGAAUGCUUAAAUUACUUGAUGAUAAUGAGAAAGAACAAGCUGUUAAUGCUCUUAGGAAUUGUAAAGAAAAUAUCAUAAACCCUAUCCUUGAAAAAGUUGGACCACUAAAUAUACAUUUACAAGGAGUUGCAUGUAUGAAUGAUGAUCCUGCUGAGGUUAAUAUUUUAUUUGCACAAGUUACCCACAAUGAAAAAUUACAAGAACUCGUUGAUAAAGUUGCUGAUUACUUUAUACAAAUAGGUUUAAUAGAAAAGAAAUAUGAAAGAGUUAAGUUGCACAUGACUGUAAUGAAUACAUCAUUUAAAGAUGAUAAACAAGCAUAUAAAGAUAGAUUUAAUGCGAGUGAAAUACUGAAGAUUUACGAGAAUACACUAUUUGGGAAAAUUAUAUUUAAUCAGAUUGAUAUAUCUGAACUUCACACUGCUACAAAGGAUGAUUACUAUAAGUCAAUAGCUAGUAUUACUUUUUAAGUAUAAAUACUUGCUAUACUUAUAGCAAUUGUUCUU